AUGUUGUCGACAUCCAAGACAAUCAUUCUGACGGCUACGAUAACAAUAGCCUCAAUGUUAUUUGCAAGCAAAGUAUCAGCAUUUCUUCAUCAUCAUUCUCAUAUGCAGCAUCGUUGUGGUCGGUUCUCUUCUUCGUUAGCUACUGAUACCAGGCGUCGAAUAUGGAAUCCGCUUGGCAGCAGCAGCAGCAGCAGCAGCAAUAAUAAUGUCGAUGUCUACAAGCAAGAAUUCAACAGCAACUCACAAACAAUCAAUAAAAAUGCCAUGUUCGAAGGACUCCUCUCAUCAGCACUCAACCGAGCACAAUCUACUCUGGAACAAACUAGAGAAUUUUCUUCCACAUCAUCUUCCACCUCAUCAUCUUUUUCUACUCCUACUGCUUUCGACCAACAACCACCAACCCAAGAGCAACCCAAGAAAGAAAAUUCAAAAAAAACUUCCAAAGGCUCCUACAGGGACAACCCUGCAAUUACCAAUACGGCACUGGCGCAUUCCUUGUGGAGGGAGAUAUUGAAACCCAAUCAAGACUCGGCGAUUGAUGCCACUUGUGGAAAUGGCCACGACACGCUUGCCAUGGCCGAAAUUUUGUUUCCUUCCGCAGAUCAUGAGGACAACAACAAACAUGAAAAUUACUCUCAGCUCUUGGCACUGGACAUUCAAGAACGGGCCUGCCAAAGUACAACCAAAGCGAUACGAGAAAGGUUUGGGCCCAGCAUUUUGGAGGAGGAUCAUCGCGUCGAAGUACGGCAGACUUCUCACGCACCCUUGCCAACUCCCUCCGAUGGAGGUGAUGUUGGAUUAAUAGUGUACAAUCUAGGCUGGCUUCCCAAUGCCAAUCACAACAACAACAACAACAACAACAACAACAAGAAUGGGAAGAAAGCAGCCACCACGACUAGUAGUAGCAACAAGGACUGCAUUACCAAGGUGGAGUCUACCCUUCAAUCUCUUACAGAUGCAGCCUUGAUGAUUCGGAUCGGUGGAAUGAUAAGUGUCACUACGUAUCCAGCGACAAAUGAAGAAGAGGAUUUAGCUGUCCGGGUACUAUUGGAAUGUCUGGCCUUGUUGUCCAGUAACGUUCAGACGUGGAGGGGUUUCUUGGAUGAGAUUUAUGAUGAUACUGUAGUACACGAUGACGACGACGACGAAAGUGACGACGAAAAGUUACAGCCAUCUAAAAGUCAAUUGUCCAAAGAAACAAUGGAAAUGAUUGUGGUUGCCAUGGAACGAAUUGUCAGUGAGGGAGAGGCAAAACAAACCUUUCGGGUUUCCGAGCAUCGAAAGCUAGGCAUGUAUCGAGCACCUAUAUUACUCACUGCCACGAGAAUAAAAUAA